GUGUGACAGCUGAGGGCCGCUUCCUGACGUGGAGCAUAAAGUCCUCCGCCGUGCAGCUGCAGUCAGAUUCCUAACUUCACAGACAUGUCGAUAACUCUCUGAUCUGACCUUCCUCAGAUCGGCUCCCACCCCCCACCGCGCGGCCGCAGCAGACACACAGGAGACUCGGAUCUGGUCCAGGAGGCCUGUGAGAGGAGAAGAUGCUGCCGGAGGCGUCAGUCGACAGCAGCGGCUGCAGGUUCUGUCCUCUGGUGGUGGUGGAGCUGGCCUCUGACACCGCUGAGGAGACCGUGGCAUGGCUGCUGAGCAGGAUCAGAGACAAACAGCAGAAUGGAGGUGCGGAGCUGCUGGUGGAGCAGAUGGGCCCUGGAGUGGACUCUGAAGAGAAGGAGAACCCCAACGUGUUCCUGGUGGGGGCUUCGUGGCAGAGGCUGCUCGCUGGUGCUGAGGAGACCGGCUUCUUUAAGGAGUACAACGAUGGAUCUAUGAGAGGCUUCACCUUGGCCAACAAAAACAACUUCAAAGACUUUAAAGGGGAUGGAGACGACUUCCUCAGUAUGGCCGAGUGUCAGUCCAUCAUCAAACACGAGCUGGACACUCUAAGAGCCAAAGAUGAGACGCAUGUACCCGGACACACCUCGGCCAAGCUCUACCCCGGGAAAUCCAUUGUUCGCAGACUGCAGUCCAAAGGAAUCCUGUUCCAAAUAUUUCCCCUCCAUGAAAAGGAAGAACUCAAGAGACUUUCGUUCUCCUGGUAUAAUAAGAUGAAGUUGUCACUGCAGCCGCUCGAUGACAUCAGGCACUACUUUGGCGAGGGUCAGGCCCUCUACUUUGGCUUCCUGGAGUACUUCACCUUUGCACUGAUGCCGAUGGCUCUCGUUGGAGUGCCUUACUACCUGUUCGACUGGGAGGACUACGACAAAUAUGUCAUCUUUGCAGCGUUCAACUUGGUGUGGUGCACCGUUAUCCUGGAGUUAUGGAAGCGCUGCAGUGCCACGCUCGCCUACCAGUGGGGCACGCUGAGCAGGAAGAAGGCCUUCGAAGAACCUCGGCCUGGUUUCCACGGCGUCCUCGGGUUCAACCCCGUGACAGGCCGCGAGGAGCCGCUCUACCCCAACGUCAAGCGGCAGCUAAGAGUCUACCUCGUGUCUCUGCCCUUCGUCCUUCUCUGCCUCUACCUCUCCCUCUACGUCAUGAUGAUCUACUUCCUGAUGGAGGGGUGGGCACUGAAGAUCCACGACGAGGAGCCCACGUUCUGGACGGAGAUUCUGUUGUACAUCCCGAGUAUCAUCUACGCCGUGGUCAUUGAGAUUAUGAACAUCAUCUACAGAUACGCUGCUGAGUAUCUCACUGAGUGGGAGAAUCACAGACUGGAGUCUUCAUAUCAGAACCACCUGGUCCUCAAAGUAUUAGUCUUCAACUUCUUCAACUGUUUCGCCUCACUGUUCUACAUCGCCUUCGUCAUGCAGGACAUGGUGCUGCUCAGACAGAGUCUGGCCACUCUGUUGAUCACCAGUCAGAUCCUGAACCAGUUCAUGGAGGCCUUCCUGCCGUACUGGCUCCAGAGGAGACGCAACAAGAAGAUGAUGCGCAAAGUCCAGAAGAGAAAAACUCUGGAGGACAAAGAGCUUCCUGUGGUGGAUCAAGUCCGACUGGAGGCUGACAUGAGCACGUACCUGGGCACAUUUGACGACUACCUGGAGCUGUUCCUGCUGUUCGGUUACGUCAGCCUGUUCUCCUGCGUCUACCCUCUGGCUGCCGUCCUCGUGGUGUUGAACAACAUCACUGAGGUUUACUCGGAUGCUUUCAAGAUGUGUCGUGUGUUCAAACGACCCUUCUCUGAGCCGGCAGCAAACAUAGGAGUCUGGCAGCUCGCCUUUGAGGCCAUGAGUGUGAUAGCCGUUGUGACCAACUGUGCGCUGAUCGGCAUGUCUCCACAAGUCAAGACCUACUUCCAGGGUUCAGAGGAGCAGCUUAUUUUCUGGACAGUGGCCAUUGAGCACGUGCUGUUGGCCGUCAAGUUCAUCCUGACCUUCCUCAUCCCGGAUGUCCCCAAACACAUCCAGAUCAAACUGGCCCGCCUCGAGUUUGAAUCCCUGGAGGCACUCAAGAAAAAGAAAAUGCUUGAAGCUUCGGAGCUCAGCAAGACCGAGCAGUGAGGAGGAGAGGAGGAGCUACAGAUUCUGACGUACCGCCGCGACUUCAAUGCAUCACACUUUUGUUUACACCUCCACUGACACCCGAUCACAUGUAUGUAUUAACAAGAAACCAGGUGUUAUUUUUGGAGAAUGAAGGGCCGAGCUUUACGCCUUUUAUCUGCAACAUUUCCCCCUGAAUCACCGAAGAGGAGAGCGUUCACUGAGCUGAGGAGCAGACCAAGUUCCAGACACGACUCGCACCGAGUGUGUUGUGAUGGUCUUUAAACGAGUUGUACUGUAAUGAGGUUUUAUUUCAGGGUUUGGGAUUCUUGGUGGGGUUAAAUGGGAUAGAUUUUCUAGUUUGAAUCACGUUUGAAUGCUGUAUCAUGAUCUAGUAUACUGUACCAAAUAUCUGGGACUGUUCCCGGAGAAGUUCCCUCUUUUCUUUAGCCACUGUUGUCACUUUGGAUCAGGUUCUCUCAGUACUGUGUUGGAUUGGGAUUAUGCAAAUUUUAAGGGUUUGUCCACCAAUAAUAAUAGUUUUAUUGAGCUCUCACACUAUAAACAAACUUAACCAAAGACUUCUUCCAACAACUCUGACUUAAAUGACGAUAAGUCAACCUACACUGACUGCUGUUCAGUAUUUAAGCUGCUUGUAACCAGACGCAGAUUAUGCACUCCAAGUAUGAAACAAAUAGCGGCCGUAAUGAUCCGUACAGUAUGGUGUUUUACUUUGAAAACCAUAUCUUUGGAAGUUUCCACAGACGCCUCUUUUCCUCUUCAUGCAUAUCAUGUCACGUAGGCACCAUGGUGGGACUGACUCGUCCUAUCCUUCUGCCAGCAAAAGACAGGAUCACGUAUGCAGUGUGAAAUCACACUCUGACUCCAGUGUUGCCCCGCUGAAGGAUCAAUAUGACAAUAUAAACGUGUGAGCUGCAUUACGGCGCAGUUGCAGACUCAAAAUAUGCAAAGGGUUCAUGUUUGCGGUGGACACAUGUUGUCAGGAAGGGCUGUGAGCUGAGCUGGGAGACUGUUUUUUAAUCAUGAGUCCUUUAGUGGUAAUUAUUCAUGGAUCGUGAAGGCGUAUACAGAUGUUUUGAGAAAGAAGCCUCUAAUCGAAAUCUGAUUUGACAGACAUUUUUCUGACCCUUCAAGUUACUUUAAACCUCUAAGAAUGGAUACAAACCAAGUGAUCCAAUCAAAAGAAAGCAAACGGGCUACCAAGGAGAGACUCUUUCCUGGAUCACAUGAUCAUCAGAGCGUAACCUAAGUAAAACAUCUAAAUAUAUGGUUUUCAAAGUGAAAUAUUAAAGAUGAAAGUAUUGCGAGGUGAUUAAAUCUCAUAAGUGUUCGGCUGAGGUUGAAAUCAUUUGAUUCUCUGCUUUUCCAUUAAAAGGAGAUGAAGACCAUUUGGCUGUCUUGUCUCAGCAUGUCUCACACACAGGGUUUUAUCAUAUAACUUGUAACAUUAUCUGUUAGCUUCUUCAGCUUGACUUGAAGUUAAACCAAGCACUCGUUACACCCCCUGUGCCUUUAAAUGCAAAGCCUUUCUGAAUAUUUGUUUUUAUAUGCUCUUCAAAGAAAGUCCUCUGUAUGCACACGACUGUACGAGACUGUCAUGAAGAAUAAAGUAGAUUGGAACCUAAGAGGCUCUCUGUAGCGUGAAUAAAUAUAUAAAUAAAUUAA